CUGUCGGCGCUCGCCGCCAUCUACUGCGAGCCGGGCGCCUGCGAGGUGCUGGCGGCCUCAGUGAAACAACCUGACAUUUUAGCAAUUUUUGAAAGAAAAGGAGUGAAGUGUUUAGAAUGCAUCAAAGGGGUGAAGCAGAGAACAUCUGAAGAAGAUCAUCUUUUGUCUGAUUGAUACCCUCUUACUUCAUGGCAGAGGAGCGAAAGAAAGAGACGCAUGGAAUCUCAUUUAGAAUUCAAAUCACUGUGAAGGAAGUGCUGGAUACAGAUGUACUUUUAAAGCUGUUUUUUCAUUUACCAGUCAAUUACCCAUCAACUGUACCAGAUAUUUCUGUUACCUCAGACCAGCUUACAAGGGCCCAGUGUGUGGAUGUGAGAGAGAAAUUACUUGAAGAAGCCAAGCAGCAUCUUUCUGAGCCCAUGGUACACGAUCUGAUUCUUUGGGUACAGCAGCAUCUUCAAGAUGUCAUUAAGCAAUCAGCAACAGUUUGCAAUGAAAAAACUACUUUGUCAAAAGGAACAGAAGAUGGUAUCUGGAUGCUCCUUUUGCAUUUAGAUCACAUGAGAGCAAAGGCAAAAUAUGUGAAAACUGUGGAAAAAUGGGCUUCAGAUCUAAGGCUGACUGGAAGACUGAUGUUCAUGGGCAAGAUAAUAUUGAUUCUUCUUCAGGGUGACAGGAACAGCAUUAAGGAGUACUUGAUUCUUCAGAAAACUUCUAAGGUGGAUGUGAACUCAAGUGGAAAGAAAUGCAAAGAGAAAAUGAUGAGAGUACUGUGUGAGACAGAACUACAGUCCCAGCAUAAAAGGUUUCAGAUGUUUGAAGUCAAAGAAUAUUCAGCACUGGAGAAGCUACAAAAGGAAUUUGAAACUGCAGGACUUACAACUCUUUUCUCUGAGUUCGUGCCUCCUCUCUUAAAGUAAAAUUAGAAGAAACCACUGGACCUCUGACCAAAGCAGUAGACUGCAGAUGGAAGAUAGAAGGACUAAUGUGGCAAAACAAUCUUGAAGCUUUUCUGCAAGAAAUACCAGUAGUAGUCAAUCUUUUGCAAGAAAAAGGCAAUUAAUACCUUAAGAACUGAUAAUUUUUUGCCAUUCAUGUCAAAAAACAAUGUGAUGUUGAUUGUAAUAAUUGCAUGGCAAGCAUGAGAGACUGGGAAGAAAUAAUGCUAAAAAAUAGUCUUCUGGUCAGACUCUGUUUUAUAGUCCCUGUUUUCAGUGCUCUGUUUCCUCUCUCUCAUGGUAAAAUGUGUCAAUAAUGGCUUGUUAGAACACGAGAUUAAUUUUGCUUUGGAAGACUGUAUGAAGAUAUUUCCAUAAAAACAUAGCAAACACACAUUUAAAUAUGUGAGGACAGCAUAUACUUAAUGUCCCUUAGGAGUUCAUAUGCUAAUUUUUCAUUCUCCCUUUAAUUGAUUACAAACACUAGAUGGUUGAUUUGAAGAAAAAGCUCAUGUCACUUGAGGCCUGAAAAAAACUUAAAAGUGUCUUUUUGAAUAUUAGUUUUCAUUCUAAAAUUUAUAAAAACACCCACAUAGAGGAUUUAAAUUGAUGAAAAGCUGAGGUAGAGCCAAUUGUAAUAUUUUCUUUGGUAGUUUACAGAUGUCUUUUUGCACUUUAUCUGGUUUUACUGUCUGUGCAGCUUCAGGUAUCUUGAUUGAAUUAAACUGUUGGAGCAGUAUAUAUGCAGACUUUAGUCUUCCAUCUUUCAAGGCUUCUGCCAAGUUGUUUGUUUAUUUGGGUUUUUUGAUUGGUCACUGGCCUUGGCCAACCUGUAAAUUUUUUUUAUCAGUAGUUUGUGCUUUAUAUCUGUAUAAUGUUACAAAUUAUAUGCAUAAUUUUAUGAAUUGUGCAAGUUCUGUUUACCUAGGGAGGAUUGGAUACUUAUUUAUUACAAUUACUAAUGUGUAUCCUUUGGUUUCUAUUUUACCUGAAACCAUUCUCCACAAGACUAGAUAAAUUAUCCAGUAAUAAAAAUUUUGCAAUCAUGAUUUUCUUAGUAGCUGGCACUGCCAUUUGCCAUUUCAAUUGGCUUUAGCAUGUAGCUAAACAUGUGCUUUACUGCUCUCUAAAAUUCAUUCUCAGAAGCCAAAUGUCUCAUGUAUUCUGUAAUUAAACAGAUUUGAUCAAUUCAGUAUAAACUAAUUUAUUUCCAUUGUUCUGGGGGAAGACCAGAACUAUUUGUUUAGUUCCGAAAGUGUGGUUUGGCAAAUCAUUAUGUAAGAUCUGAUUUCCUGUUUCAUGCUCAGACCAUGAGAUCAUACCUCUUCCUUUAUAUAUUCUAGAGAAGUAACUAAAGCAGACUAGGAAGGUUUUUAUAUUUUACUCCUUGAGAUAUCAGAUGCAUAAAGGGUUCUGUAUUGUUUGUGACUCUCUGAAGUUUUUCAGGAGUUUAGUGAUUUUUCUCAUAUAGAGUGUCUCAAAUAUGUAUGUUGCAUGUUAUUUUAUGCACUGAUGCAAAUUUACUGAGAUAGUAGCAAAGUUCUUCUUAGUGAGUAUUUCAUGUUUACCACAUACAGUACUUCAGGCUCAGAAGAAGAGAGACUGGGUUGAACAGGUUUUACAAAUCUGUUCUAUGUUAUUUUGAAAUUGCUUCCUGAGGGACAGGAAAUCUAAUUUUCUAUCAUUUUAAGUGCAUGUGAAGAUGAAUCCUCACUUUUACAAAGAAGAAUAAAACACAGAAGUAUCUUUAAAAUAUUAAAAUAACAUGUACUUUAAAUUACAGUUUCCAGAAUCAAGUUGUUCUCAGGUGUUGAAAAAUUAUAUGUCAGUGCAGUAUAAAGUUUUGAAAAGCUGCAGGGAGUCUCUCCUUCUACUGUGACACACCUGACAAAUAUCAAACUCAAGAAAAGACCUGUGCCUGUACAGCAUAAGGAAACAUAAUCAGUAUCUCUCUGCAAAACUAAAUUGUUAAGAUUUUGCAUUGUGAAUCUGGUGAUUUUCGGAAUCAGGUUGAAUGGCAUUACCUGCUUGUGUGAUCUCAAAAUGCAUGUGACUUGAAAAAUAAUUGAGCCAUAAGUUGGGGUGAUCAUCUUUCUUGCAAGAUUAGAUGGAGACUUACUAAAGUUUUCCUCUCUUCUAGAAAAGCCAUUUGUGGUGUCAGUGGCUGCCAGUUGCACUUGAGUAUAAACACAUGUAUUUUUUGAGUUUUACUGCCUGAUGCCUUCCUGGUCAACUGUUUGGCCGGAGCUGGCAUUGGAACAGCCAAUUAAAAAGAAAAAGUUAAUAAUUGGGUAAGUUGCAGCUCUCUCCUGAUGUGUGCUCAUCUUCCUGCCAAAUGAAGCUGUAAGAAGCUGGAUGAUUUCUGUGUUUCAGGAGAUGGAAAAUGCAGUUUUUACAAUGGAUUUUUACCCUAGUUAAAUUUGUUACUCACUAGCUCACACUGGACAAAUCCACAAGUUCACUGUAGGAAAGGACUACAGUUUAUAGCUUGGUUUGAUGUGCCUCAGGAAAAUUACAAAUCUGAUCAGCUUGAUACAGUUCAGACAGCAGAGAACAUGAGAACUGAUGUCAGUCUGAUUCUGUUAAAGCAAAUGCUCUUGCCUACCUAUCAAUCAGUCACUUAUUUUGAAGGGUAGGAGGAUAUCUUCUGUUCAGACAAGUAAACAAUAUUUUUAAAGGCUGUUCUUCUGGAAGGAUGUUGCAGCUGUCUGUUAACUGAUGGUUUGUUUGCAUUCAUUGUAAAAAGAGAUGAGCUAGCCUGUGAACGUCUGGGGCACAAAAAUCAUCAGGAUGGGUCCUGUGGUGCAUGUUCUGCCUUCCAAGGGAGCUGAGGCAGACACAGAAGAACAAAAUGCACAGAUACAGAAGAAUAAGAAGCAAGGAAAAAAAUGCAUCACUGUGUAAAAAGUUAGUGAAGAGGAUGUAACUAUUGGAAACUGUCAAUUCAUUUGCAAGGAAGAAGAAAUCCACAAAUUAAAGGUGGUUUAACAAAUUAGAAGCUAGCAUUCUUGUGGGUGUGAUGUUAUAAACAGUUCUUCAAACAGCAUGGUCAGUAAGGCCUUGUUUCCUGUGGCCUUGCUAGUUUCUAAGCUGUAGCACACAUGAAGCCUUCACUGCAGGAGAUACAUUCCUGAUGGUGUUCUCCAGGUGGGUUUCCCUGUGCCUGGUGUUGAUUGUGCAUAAAUUGAUUAUUUCUUGCAUAAGUCUUUAAUGGAUGAAUAGCAUUUUUUCACCUGUUACCUUCUUCAUCAAAGUUGUAGGUACUUGGUUUCUUUCAGGUUGUUAACCUUUCAUUUUAAUUGAAAUUACUUAAAAUCAGAAGUUCUAGGAAAACUUUGUAGUAAUAAUAUGCUUGCUUCUGUAUGGACAGCACAGAUGUUUAAUCAUAGUUUCCUUUAAAAAUCAGGCUAAAAUGAAAGAUGUUGCAAUAGGAAUGACAACUUGAAGAAUCAAGUUUUUUAGGAUAAAACAGGUUUUUUGGUCUUUUUGAAUACCUUGGCUUAUUAAGUAUGAAGAAAACAAAAAAUAGGUUGAGGAAACAAGAACAAUCCCGAGGGGGGAGAUAAAUGGAGGACAUCAGUAUUGGGAAUUCACCUGGUUUUCAUGCUUAGUCUCAGUAAUUCUUCCCUCCACCACCCCUAAAUUUGUUAUUUGAUAUUACAGGGAGGACAGGACACUGUAAGAACUCAUACAUGAAAAUCCUUGACACAAUCAAUUAAAAAUAAAUGAAAGUAGAUUUGAUUGUUUUGUGGAUCAGGCUGAUUUUUGUGGUUUUGUAGUUACAUCUCAUUUUCCUAUAAUAAGAGCAUUUGUCUCCUACUUCUGGUGUGAAUGACCCACAAAACCCACUGAGAUGAGUAUAAAUUAUAUGCAGAGGUAAUGUAAUGAGCCUUAAGAAACUUCAUAGUGGAAAAAAUAUUUUGUUUACGCUGUUUCUUUUAAAAAUAGUUUAAUAAACCCUACAUAUGGAUGA